CAAAGAUGGAUCUGCAAAUCCCGAUUGUGCUUCUUUCAAUUUUACUCACUGGAGGACUCUCUCUCAAAUGUUAUAAGUGUGAUCCUGAUCCAGAGACGGGUUUAUGUGACAGAACAACAGAAACAUGUCCCAGUGGAAUUACCCAGUGUCAGAGUGCAACAGGGGAAAUAUCCACUGGUAACUCCAAGUUGACUCAAACAUAUAAAGGAUGUGCAGACAAAUGUGUUCCUGGAACCGUUCAAAACACAAAUGGAGCACCAGUUUCUACCAAGUGCUGUGCCACUGAUCUUUGCAAUGGCUCAGAUGGAAUCUAUAAGGGAAGUUUCCUGCUUCUCUUGUUGCCUCUGUUCUUCUACAUCCUCUUUUAUUGAGUUCAACAGCACUUCACAUUCUACAGCUGCAGCGAAGAGGAUUUGACAUGUUACAGGUUAACACCGCCACAUCAUAAUGUCACAUUUAUUUAAUGAAUUACUAUGCCGUACUGAAUAGCUUGUAUCUUUGCUAUUUCUGUAUGUUAGGAACUUAAUUAUGUGUUAUGUAUUUUGAUCAUGGAAACUGAAUGCAUCAUUAUUAUGACCAGUGAAAAAGUAUGGUAAAAGAAAAACAAUCUUCACAGAUACUGAUCUAUUUUUACAUUUACUAAGAUUUACAAAAUCUGUAUUUCCUGAAAAAGAUUCAGUUUUACUGUAUACACUUUACUGUGGGGUUUCAUAAAGACAGUACUAAACUGCUGAAAUUAAAGAUUUACAUGCACACAUAUAAUUGUAAACGUCAUUUUCUGUAACUACUAUUACAGUGACUUCUGGAAAUCUGUAUCUUACAAUGACACUGUGUGAGAGAAUAUUUCUGUGUGAAAUGUGUCUUUCAUUUGGAAAACUUAUCCACAAAUCAUGAAAAUGUGCUUUAACCAUUCAAAGAUCUGAAAUCCUUAGAAACAACAGGACCACAAGUGUUUACAUUUACAUUUAAGACAAUAACGAGACAUUUAUUUAAGAGACACUUACAAGAACUAGUCCGGUUUUUUAUGUGAAAUCAUUUGUGCUUCUUAGCAACACACACACACACACACAGCACACUAAUGUCAAGGUUGUCUACUUAUUUCUGCUGUGCCGAUGUUUCAUUUCUGUGAUGUCUGAGCGCUCCUUUUUAAUUUUUGUGUAAUUUGUAACAAUAAGAGAAAAUAAUGCAUUAUACAGUUUGAAACAGUUUAAAUAGUUUUUGUUUUACAAUUUGCGCUAUGGUACUAUAAUCGCAAGUAUGUGGUAAAACCUCACAACUCUUAGUACAAACUCCAAACUCAUCACAAUUGUAACGCAGCCAGUCUUUCAUUCAAAACUUGCCAUUGUGCAUUCAUUUGGAUUGUAAACAUCUCACACAACCAUUGAUUCAAAAUAUACAUUUCUUGUGAAAUGUCAUGAGAACAUAUGGUUUAAUCACCAAAACACAACAUAAUGAUAUCUUUUCAGUUUAGUCGUUUUAACUACCAGUGAAUCCAAUAACAAACAAUGCAAGGUACAUGUUUCAAAUCACCCUUAGAAGUGCUGAAAAUAAUAUGCUACAGUACUGUAAAAGACAGAUUACACAGUUUUCACAUUAGGCAAUACACUUACCUUACCCAGCAUUUACAGAAUCUAUAAUUUCCAUAAUAUCUAUCCAAUGUGUAAUCAAGUUGUGAUCAAUUAAGACAUCCUCUACAAUAAUUUGGGCAAAUUGUGUUUUUCAGAUAUAACUGUAACAUAGGUAUACUCUCUAUAAUCAAAUGUACACAGUUAAAUAAAACAAAUUAACUAAA